UACAAAUCUCCACUCCAAAGAACUCCUUUUUUGCCACUUUCUUUUAGAGAGGGUUAAAUGUAAUUUUGUAACUUUAUAUUAAUAAUAUGUUUUGUCUGAAUUUGCAAUUUGCAAAGGCAUCUUAUGUUAGCAGGGAACAUCUUUAUUUUGUCUUUACAAAAUUCACAUCUCUCAUGCAAAACAGCAAUUUGAUGGGGGUGAAAAUCAAAUGAUUGCAUAAUGCAUCUUUGAUCACUCGCCUUUUGAGUCAGGCGACGCAUGUGUAGGGCUAAGACAUGCCAUGAAUGAACAGAGAAGGGGGUUGCAUUCCUUUGCCCGGGCUUACCCGACUCAGUCGAGUGGAUGUGUGCAACAGGCUGUGUGUGUGUGUGUGUGUGUGUGUGAGGAGGAGGGGGUGAAGUCCGAUGGCCAGCCUCACAGCUAAUUAGUUCAGCUCUUGACAAAGGUGGGCCAGCCACAGAAGGGAACCCCUGAGGCUAGCUUAACAGCGCUACACACUGCACUCGAAGGGGAGCGGCUCACACUAGUGCUCUCCGAACCAGAGUUGGGGUCCGCAAGGAACGUCGCUCUCCACUCCAGAGCAUGAGAGAGGGCUUGGAGACAGAGAUAAAGUUACUGAAGGACGUUUUGGAAGACCUUUGGGAGAGAUGACUUCCAUUCCAGACUCAGAUGAUGACAGAGCCUUUAAAGACUUGAAUGUUGUUGGGAUGCUGCAUCAGUUUUGGGAGCAGAAGCAAGUGAAAGGAGCUAUGGUGGAGACAGAGAACCUUGUGGUGUAUGAAUCUAUCCCCUCACCUGGACCUCCAUUCAUCUGCUAUGUCACUUUACCAGGGGGGAGCUGCUUUGGCAACUUCAAGUACUGUUAUACCAAGGCAGAGGCCAGGCGGGAUGCAGCCCGUGUUGCUCUGAUGAACUCUACAUUCAAUGAGUUGCCCUGUCGCCGCAUCACCCCAGAGUUCAUCGCUCGCAGCGUAGAGGAAGCCAUCAUUACUACCAGCGGCAACAUGGAGGAUGCCUCAGACCCUGGCACCAGUAUAGGAGCUUACUGCCUCAUGCUGCAGUCCAACACUGGUAAAACCAUGCUGGAGUUUCAGGAAAUAAUGACAGUGUUUCAGCUAUUGCACUGGAAUGGGACACUGAAGGCUUUUAGAGAGAGGAGAUGCAGCCGCCAGGAGGUGAUCAGCUACUACUCGCAGCAGCGGCUGGACGAGUGCAUGCGGAGUCACAUGGCGCUGGACUGGCUACAGAGGGAGAGACAGAGGCCCGGGCUUCUGUCCCAUGAGCUGCAGCUGGCCCUCAGGGAGCUGGCCGAGGCGCGACAGGCUGGCCGCGAGCUCCGCUUCUACAAGGAGAAGAAGGAGAUCCUGAGUCUGGCUCUGAGUCAGGCUAGCGCAGAGGAGCUGGAGGAGGAGGCCUGGAGGGGGCAGGAGACUGGGCUGGAGUACCUGACCCAUGGAGGCCACUGUAUCGAGGGCAGCAUGGUGGACCCUUCAGAACACUGUCAGUUUUAUUACCAGGAGAGUGGUAGCGACCAAGAAUCACUGGGCUGAGGUGAAGUGUAUUUGGUGAGGUCUUGGACUUUGGACUCACUUUCAAAAUGAGCUGCCUUUAUUUUGUAUAUUUUGACUUAAUGUUGUUUUUUAAUUGCUUUCUCAGUAUACUGUGAUGUUUGUGCUCAAAUGGGCUCCACUGUAAAUCAGAUGUAUUCCAUAGUAAAUAGCCUAAAUAGUGCAUUUAGGGACUUUGGGAAUGUAAUGGAAUGUAAGCUUCAUUUUUCCCUUUUGUUUUCUUGCUGUGUAUUGAACAAAGAGCAUUUUGAUUCGCUUUGACUUAAAGGGAAUUUGAUGUUGGUUGUGAAGAGUAAAUGUAAAUAAAUGCUGUUUUUCUUGUACUAGCCACAUGGUGGCGCCAUAUCCUAUGAAUGCUCCCAAAUGUUACAGUAUCUGCUAUUGCACCCCCAAAAUUUGAAAUGCUUCCCCCCAUUGAGCUUUAUGAAGAGGAAAUGUUAUAAAGUUCCAUGUGUUUGAAUAUUUAGGGCACUUUUAUUCAUUACCUACCUAUCUUUUCAUCCAUCUUAGGAGUGCCUUAA